AUGGAACCGCUCGUAUAUGAGGAACCGGUGCUCUACCUCAAGGUCACAGAAGCCACCGGGAUCAUCUCGACCAUGAUCAACGUCGUGGCCCUAUUGUUGAUCUAUUUUGCGUCACCGAAGAAAAUGGGGGAGUACCGGUACUUUUUGCUGGCCUAUCAGGUCGUUACCUCGGUUGGUGAGCUCUUGCUCAAAAUCAGCAUGAUCGAAAUAUUCCAACCCGCUCCGGCGGCGCGAUUUCAUUUUACAGCUAUCCUAAUCGAUGCCAAAUUUUGGGAUGUAACGGCUGCCUUUUUUACGACCUCGCUGUCAACAACUACCGCGUUUUGCCUUUUCUAUAGACAUCGACAGGUGCUGCCGCUGGGACAUUGGGCGAGGUGGAAGCCCAGCCAUCUAGUCAUAUUCUUUGUGGCAAACUAUGUGUUUUACACCGGUUUAUUCGCCUAUUCACUCAGCUUUGCAUUAAUGGAGAAGGGCCAAAGCACCCUUCUGCUUAACUGGAUUACGGCGCACCCAGAGCAUGCCAGACUAUGGAUCAUACCUGAUGUUUGGAUCGCUGAUUUUGAAGUAGUCGUCCCGUUUUUCGGCUUGUUCAUCGGAGAGUUAUUUGGGGUGUUGGUUCUGAUGCUGCUCCUUGAGUCGAUCGUCGUGUGCUCCUUCCUCUACUCGCACGCAUUUUUCAUGUUGCGCCGGACAGCGGGCACGAUGAGCGAGAAAACUCGUCAGCUACAUCGCCGACUUUUGAUAUUGCUAGGCGUUCAGAUGGGCGUCCCAAUGCUGACGAUUGUUGGCCCUUUCGUUGCGAUUGCCGUCGCCCUAGGUUCAAAAGUGCAAAUUUCGCAACUAUCCAAUCAUCUAUUCAUAUUCGCAGUUGGCAGCCACGGGAUGGUAUCGAGUUUCUCGAUCGUCCUAUUAACGGACUCGUAUCGCCAGUGCUUAACGGGGAUUUUUGGAGGCAGGAAGUCGAGCGUUGUUAUCGGCGUCGUUGUCGAAAAAGCUUCUCUUUCGUUAAACAAGACAAGAUCCUCGAAAGCCAAAUCCUUAAAUGCUGGUCUACGAAGGGCCUGUCCUUUACAUGCGCAUCAUGGAGGCUACUGGGAUAUUGUCAACCCUCGUGAAUCUCGCGACGUUAUUCUUGAUCUACUCCGCGACACCGAAGAGAAUGGAUCGAAGUUUUUGCUGGCAUAUCAAUUGACUUCUUCCUGCCUCGAACUUUUUUUCAAACUCUCCAUGGUUGAGCCGUUUCAACCAGCUCCGGUGGUCCGCUUUCAAACAUCAAUUUUCCCAAUCGGAGCCAGGGUAACA